AUGGAACUCCAUAAAUGGCAUAGCAACUGCGCAGCGUUAUUUUCUGAUGGUGAAGAAAUAUAUAAUUUUACUAACUGUGAUGGAACUCAAGUGCUAGGAGUUUCCUGGAGUCCGAAGAAAGAUAGUCUUUAUUUUAAAGUUACCUGUAGUGCAUCACAAAGAAAAGACUCGAAAGUCACGAAGCGCUGUGUCUUAUCCACAAUUGCCCCCCUUGGAUUGCUUGGACCAGUAGUGUCAAAAGCAAAGAUAUUUUUGCAACAGCUAUGGUCUAUAAAACUGGACUGGCAUGAAGAACUACCUGAGAAACAAAUCCAAAAGUGGAAGAAGUUUGUCGAAGCUUUAAAGAGUGUUAACAACAUGGAAUUUGAUAGAUGUAUACUUACAGAGGGAGCUGACAUGAUUGAAAUUCAUGGAUUCGCCGACGCGUCAGAGGUUGCUUACGGUGCUGUUGUUUACUCCAAAUUGGUGAAAAAAGUGAUAAUAGCUCUCGAUUUGCCUAUAUCCAACAUCUACUUAUGGAGUGAUAGCAUGAUUGUGCUUUCUUGGAUACGUAAGGAGUCAUUUCUACUUAUGACUUUCGUUGCCAAUCGUGUAUCCCAGAUUCAAGACUUAACUAACAUUGACAGUUGGAGAUAUGUACCAUCAACUGAGAACCCUGCAGACAUUAUCUCCAGAGGUUUCGAUCCUGAUAAACUUUCACAAUGCAGAUUGUGGUUUGAAGAACCAAAUUUCUUGUGUAACAAUGAAUAUCCAAAUAGAGACAUUCCAUCCAGAGUUAUUGAAAAUGAAUUUUCUAAUGAAUUUAAACCAUCUAGUGACUUUAAUUGUUUUAUUAGUGAUAAUAGUAAUUUUCUUGAUAAUUUUCUGGAAGUUAGUAAUAACUAUAGUAAACUCAUUCGUGUAUUAAGUUUUGUAUAUAGGUUCAUCGAUAAUUGUCGGAGCACUUAUGACACAUCAAGUGGGUCUUUGUCUCCAGAUGAACUUAAAAGAGCUGAACUGAAAUUAGUAAGUUUAGUGCAGAAGCGGGAGUUCAGCAAGGAAAUUAGAGAUUUAGAAAUUACAGGUGAAGUUUCAAACCAGAGUAAGGUAAGAAAUUUAUGUCCCUUCAUUGAUAAAGAAUGCCUCUUAAGAGUAGGUGGACGUUUGUCCAAUAGUGAAUUGUGCUUUGACAAAAAAUUCCCAUUAUUGUUACCAGAAAAACAUAAAUUAACACAAUUGAUAAUUAUUAGUAAUCAUAUUAAGAAUUUACAUGUUGGACCGCAAACAUUAUUGUUUAUUAUAAGGCAAAGAUUUUGGCCAAUCAAUGGCAGAUCUAUUUGUAGAAAAGUAGUUCGUGAGUGUUUGUCGUGCUUUAAAGCUAAACCAAUAACUUGUGAUCAACCCAAAAGUCGUGUGAGUCAAAACUUUCCAUUAGCCAUUUCAGGUGUGGACUUUUGCGGUCCAUUUACAAUUAAAUACAAGAACCAACGGAAAGGUACUUUUCAAAAAAUUUAUGUCGCGAUUUUUGUAUGUUUCGUCACAAAAGCGAUUCAUUUGGAGCUUGUGACAGAGUUGAGCUCUCAAGCAUUUAUAGCUACAUUAAAGAGAUUUUUUUCGCGUAGAGGAAAAAGCAGUAUUCUGUACUCAGAUAAUGCGACUAAUUUCGUUGGGAGUAAUAAUGAGUUACAACGAUUAUUUAGCUUAGUUAAAAAUCCUAAUAAGAGUUUAUGUAAUUAUAUGAGUCAUGAAAAUAUCAAAUGGAAAUUUUUGCCACCUAGGAGUCCGAAUUUCGGAGGGCUCUGGGAAGCUGGAGUGAGAUCCUUCAAAUAUCAUCUGAAAACAGUAGUGGGUGAUAAGAAAUUAACUUAUGAAGAUUUUUUGACUGUAACUACUCAAAUUGAGUCCGUUUUAAACUCAAGACCGCUUACCCCGUUAUCUUCAGAUGCUAAUGAUUUGAGCGUUCUCACUCCAGGCCAUUUCCUGAUCGGGAGACCGUUCACAUCAAUUGUUGAACCGGAUGCAACCAAUGUAUCUCAUAAUAGGUUGAGUUUAUGGCACAAAACCACUAAAUUCGUGCAAUUAAUAUGGAAAAAGUGGCACAAAGAUUAUUUGUCAACUUUGCAACAAAGGUCGAAAUAG